UCUUUCUCAAACAAAACAAAAAGAACCAACAUUUUUUUUCAAUUUUUCAAAUUGUUGUUUGCAACUGCAAUUGCAACAGCAACAUUGCGGUUGUAUUCGACAGAUUAGACACCUUCAUUUGCAACAAUUUGUCACACCCAAAUGUUUUAAUUUCGUACAAACUUUUUAUAUAAAUUAAUCAUUAAUAAUUCCCCUAAUAAUCAAUUUCCCAAAAACAAAAAGGAAAAAUUGAAUUAAUAAUUAAAAAAAUGGCUCCUUCAUGGGGUGGUUCAUAUUUUCUCCUUCUUUGUAUGUUGUUAGGGUUCAGCACAAUUGCAUAUGGUGGGAAUUUCAACACUGAUUUUGACCUUCUAUUUGGAGAUGAUAGGGUUAAGAUUUCUGAUGGUGGACAAAGCAUGUCUCUCUCAAUGGAUAAAUAUUCUGGUUCUGGGGUUGCUACCAAGGAUCAAUUCUUGUUUGGAAGAUUUGACAUGAAGAUCAAGCUUGUUGGAGGAAACUCUGCAGGAACUGUUACUGCAUUUUAUCUAAGCUCUCAAGGAGAUCACCAUGAUGAGGUUGAUCUUGAGUUCUUGGGGAACUUAACCGGAGAUCCAUAUAUGCUAUCAACAAAUGUGUUUGCAAAUGGUGUUGGGGGUCGUGAGGUUCAAUACUAUCUUUGGUUUGAUCCAACAGCAGAUUAUCACACCUAUUCCAUUGAUUGGAGCCCUACCCGCAUAAUAAUCUGGGUGGACGACACUCCAAUCAGAGUGAUAAACAACAAAGAAAUAAUCGGUGUUCCAUUCCCAACAAAGCAACCAAUGAGACUGUACACAACACUCUGGAAUGGGGAUGCAUGGGCAACAAGGUGGGGCCAAGUGAAGAUUGACUUGUCACAAGCACCAUUUAUAGCAAGGUUCAAGAACUACAAUGGCACUGCUUGUGUUCCAAAGAAAGGUAUAGCAGAUUGCAAGGGUUUUGGUGCUUCAAUGAAGAAAGGUAUUGACAAUGAAAACAAGAAAAAGUUGAAGCAAGUUAACUCAAAGUGGGUUGUUUAUCACUAUUGCCGUGAUUUGAGGCGUUAUGCUCAUGGAUUACCCUUUGAAUGCCGUAGGGACAACAUGGCACACAGUGAUAAUAAUCAAUAAAUAAUAAGGGAAAUGGGAUUUUUGGGGAAUCAAUUUAUUACUUUCUUAGCCUACUAAAUCCUUUAUUUGGUGUUUGAGGGAUAUAUAUAUACGGUGGAUACUCCCAUGAUGACAUCUUCACAUGAAGAUAGCAUUGUGAAUCAUUAGAUGAUUUGAUAAAGUUGACUAAAUAUUU